AUGGCUCUCAGAGUCACUUUGUAUGAACUGGCAGACCUUUCCAUAGGGACUCCGGAGAUUGGCGUUGUCAAUUUUAAUGCCCUCCAUACCCUCCUCCAUGCCCUCCUCAGGCAUCUUAAACUCGAGAACAUUUUAACUGAGAUUAAGCAGGAGCGGGGUCCGCCCCCUGCGCUCACGGAACCCGUGUCUAUUGAGAAGGGGCUUGAGGAGGUGGCCAGGGAAUCGCCCAAGGAAGUUGCUCAACUUGGAAGAGACUUAGCUGACUUGGAAAAAAAAAUGCUUCUGUUGGAGAAUAACCUCCAGGGUGUGGAGAAUCAGGUCCGAGGUGUGGAGGAUCAGGUCCGGGGUGUGGAGGAUCAGGUCCGGGGUGUGGAAGGUCAGGUCCAGGGUGUGGAAGGUCAGGUCCAGGGGGUACAAGAUAAUGUCAAAGGGAUGGGUAAAAAACUGAAGGGGUUCGAGAAACAAGUCUCUGGUCUGGAGAGAUUGCCUUCUGGGACAGACUUGCUGGAAAAGACCAAGAGCGGCAGUGGCACGGCAGUGGCUGACAUGUGGCAAAUGAUGCAGAUGCAGAAGAAAGUGGAAGCCAACGAGGAAGGCAUCGCCCAGGCCAUGGCUCUGUUACAGGACCUGUUGAAUGAGACAAACAACAUGAAAUCAAAUACAACCAACUUGGAAGAGGAUGUACAAAAAAUCAAGGAACACUUAGCCUUGAUAGACCCCCAGACAUUUGACGAUCGGCUACGGUCUUGCUUAAGCGAUCAGAUGAGUCUGGAUCACGAUGUGAAAGAUUUAGAGAAAAAGCUAAGUCGAUUUCCAUCCCCGGAGGAAAUGAACAAUAUGGUACGCUGGGAAGUUCUGGAGGAUGUUCUUUUGAGAGGCAAGAAGAGCCCAACUCCUGGGACAAGUCCAGUCCAGCAUACUCCAACCUCUGGUUCAGCCUCUCCUCAAGAUGGUAAAACCUCUGCAGCUCCAGGAACUCAAGCUGGUGCACCUAAAAGAGAAGGAACACCAGGCACUCCCCAAGUGGCUCAGAGUCCAGCUGCUAUCCCAGGAACUCAACCAGGGGGGCAGCCUGGCAUUGCUGGUGUUGAAGGGCCCCAAUUGGGAGCAGCUGGUGUUCCAGCAGGUAUGCCUGGGGUCCCUGGAGCACCUGGGGCCCAGGGGCCCUUCCCUGGAGCUCCCGGGGCCCAGGGGCCCUUCCCUGGAGCGCCCGGGGCACAGGGGCCCUUCCCUGGAGCGCCCGGGGCCCAGGGGCCCUUCCCUGGAGCGCCCGGGGCCCAGGGGCCCUUCCCUGGAGCACCCGGGGCCCAGGGGCCCUACCCUGGAGCACCUGGGGCUCAGGGGCCCUACCCAGGAGCACCAGGGGCUCAGGGGCCCUACCCAGGAGCACCUGGAGCCCAAGGACCCUUCCCUGGAGUGCCGGGGGCCCAGGGGCCCUACCCAGGAGCACCAGGGGCUCAGGGUCCCUACCCAGGAGCACCUGGAGCCCAGGGACCCUUCCCUGGAGCGCCUGGGGCCCAGGGACCCUACCCAGGAGUGCCAGGGGCCCAGGGGCCCUACCCUGGAGCACCCUGGGCCCAGGGGCCCUACCCAGGAGCACCUGGGGCCCAGGGACCCUACGCUGGAGUGCCCGGGGCCUACCCAGGAGCACCUGGUGCACAGGCACCCUACCCAGGAGCUCCUGGAGCAUACCCAGGAGUACUUGGUGUCCAGGCACCAUACCCAGGAGCUCCUGGGGCCGAACUUGGGGCUCCUGGGGCCCAGCCCGGGGCUCCAGGGGCUCCUGGAGUCCAGCCUGGAGCUCUAGUACCAUAUCCUGGAGGCCCACCUGGUGUUCCUGGAGCUGCCUAUCCUGGUGCCCCCGGAAUUCAAGAAGGAUAUCCUGGUGCCCAGCCUGGAGUUCCUGGGAUGCAGGCAUACCCCCCUGGUGCUCAAGAUGCCUAUCUUGAAGGCCAAUAUGGGGCUCCGUGGCAUCCUCAGCCCAUUGGACCUGGAACACAGAUUGCAGGCCAAUUGACAGUGCCCCCAGGGCUUUCUGCAGGUGCUACACCCCCAGUAUCACCAGCAUUAACUUCUCUACAGCAUUUGGAUUCUCCUGUAUCUGGAUCCAGUUUGGCCCCAGCCCGCUAUGCUGACACUGUGGAUGCCUUUCGCCAGCUGGUCCAGCUGACUGACCUCUGCUAUGGUUUAAGAGACCACGCCAACAUGCUGGAACAAAACAAGUGCAAUUAUUCUGAUCUUCGCAGGCUGCAAGACUUCCUCACUGAUCUAGUUUACAGGAGCAUUGCCAAUAUGCCACCCAACCUUAAUGAACGACUUGCUACACUGAAGGUCCUGGAAGACAACAUGAAAGAUGAAAAAGAGAAGUUAGACAAGAUUCAGAGAAUCGUUGAAGGAGAACUGGCAGCAAUGCCAAGCCCAGAGGUGCCAGUGGAGGGAGCUGGUCAGAUCAACAUGCAGAUAGGUUAUCUCAGAGCAACAGUGCAGGAUAUAGAGAAAGAACUAAAGGAGCUGAGAGAUAAGCAGGAUAAGGGGAAAGAGACACUGGAGCAGUCGGUGACUGACACUGGCCUCUACCUACAAGAACAGUUAGACAAGCUUAGAUCGGUCAUAGAGAACAUGAUGGCUUCUUCGUCCACCUUGCUGUCCAUGAGCAUGCCCCCUACGCCGGAACCUGGGUUGGCUGAGGUCCAGCAGGGCACAUGCGCAGCUUGCAGCUUAGAUGUCAGUGAGAAGGUUAGCCAGCUGUUCAAGCGCUAUGAGCAACUACAGGACUCGAUAAACAAAUUCAUGUUGAGGCAGGCAGAAGGCAAAGCAGCCAAGAAACCCAAGGAGCGCCAGGAGGAAGAGAUGCUCAGCAACAUCCAAAGUACCAUCCUGCAAGUUCAGGAAGACUGUGAGAAGCUGAAUGCUACGACGGGCACUCUCAUAGACGAUCAUCACCAGAAGCAGAAAGAAAUCAGUAUGUUGUUCAAGUCCCUGGAGAAGUUACAAAAAGAUAAAGCUGACAAAGACUGCAUCGUUACGGAGUUUGAUGUGAAAGCAGAUAAGUCUGCGCUAGCCGCGAAGGUCAGCCGCACCCAGUUUGAUGCCACCACAGAGCAGUUGCAUAAGAUGAUGCAAGAACUGCUAAACAAGAUGGCUGGGCAAGAGCAAGACUGGCAGAAAAUGCUGGACAAACUCUUGAUAGAAAUGGACUCCAAGCUGGACCGCUUAGAACUGGAUCCGUUCCGAAAGCAGCUGGAGGAGCGAUGGAAAGACAUCCGCAGACAGCUAAAGGAGAGGGUACCCCAAGAUGAAGGAGAUGAAGCUGCUGGAAUCCGGAGGAGACUACUGGCGCAUUUCCACUGCAUUUCUUGUGACCGACCCUUAGAAAUGGUGGUGCCUGGCCCGCACAUCGCAACAUUGCCUGCUGUUCCAGGGUUGCCCGCUCACCAGUCCCUACGGCCAUACAUGGUGUAUGAAAUGGAACAAAUCCGGCAAAUCAGCCGCAAUCUGAAGUUAGGGCCUGGUGUUCGUUUCGAUGCCUUAGAGAAGGCUGCGAGUCUCAACAAGCUACGGCGCAUCCAUUCCAAGAUGCUCAUGGAGAUCCAGAAGGUGCAGAGCCAUUAUGGUGGAUCGCCGAAGGUCAACGCUCAGAUGAUCAGGGAUUUACUGCAGGCCCAGUAUCUCGGCCCCAGCCAGUAUAGCAAACGUGACAGAAUUCCUGAGAUGACUGACUACAGCUAUGUAAGUGUGCCUCGUCACUGUGGAGGCAGCCACACCCUCACGUACCCAUACAGGCGCUACGGCCGACUGCAGCAGUUAGCCCAGUGUAUGCCUCCAAUGCAUCCGGAAGAAAAUGCCAUGGUGGCAAUGAUGAAGCAUGAAGAAGUGGAUAUAUUGGGCCUUGAUGGUCAUAUCUACAAGGGACGGAUGGACACACAGCUCCCAUCCAUCACAUCAAAGGACCAUACUCCAAGACUGAGAAACAAACUCAUUCGAUCCUCCUCACAAAGACAUCCGCCGACACUCAUUGACAUCGGCAACCUCCCAGUUCGUCCUCACACUGCCAAAGUGUCUUUGCGCAGCUUGUCAGCUAAAUCACUAGGUGAGAAGUCUGAGAUGUCCCCGAAUGCUUUAAGGGUCACAGAAGACCCCAGUAUGCAGGACAGAGAAACACUAGAACUACGCGUGGAAAUUCCCUCGCGCCAGAGAUCCGACCAGCAGUCAGCAUAAGCAGAGGGACUCCUGCCUUGUACCUUAAUGGGAACCUAGUUCUUAGAGAUGAAAGCCAGACGAUAACAAGUGAAUGAAACGGGAGGAAGACUAUGCAGACGUGCUGCUGCCCUCGCAGGACCAAGGACAUUGUGCUCUAUGUCUACAGGAGGAGAUGGCUCCUGCCUCUUCCACAGAGUGAUGUUGCUUGCGGGAAGGGGAACAUGGUGGACAACUCUUCCUUUUGUGGAAUCUGGGGUUCAGUGGUCCUGCAGGUCAUCCCUUUUAU